UGCGCAGCUUAGUUUAACAGUGGCUUCCAUCAUUCAUGAUGGCGGCGAGUGCGGAGGCCCCCCGGAAGCGCCGCUCCAAAUCGCCCUUCGUGCAGGCGGCCAAGCGGCCCCGGCUGGGCGGCCCUCGGCAGCUGGAGGCCGGCAUGUGCGGGAUCCUGAUCACCUGCAACAUGAACGAGAGGAAGUGCGUGGCCGAAGCCUACAGCCUCCUGGGCGAAUAUGGAGAGCAGCUCUACGGACCGGAGCAGUUCACAGAUCAAGAGGAGAGCAGACUGUCAGGACAUGAGGAGGAGGAAGAAGAGGAGGAAGAGGAAGAGGAUGAUGCUGAAGCUGCGUUGAAAAAAGAAGUUGAUCAGAUCCGUACUUCGACGGAGCAGAAGCUGCGACGGUUCCAGUCGGUGGAGAGCGGUGCCAAUAAUGUGGUUUUUAUUAGGACGCUGGGUGUAGAACCUGAGAAGUUGGUGCAUCACAUCCUGAAGGACAUGCAUACCACUAAAAAGAAGAAAACCAGAGUCAUCCUGCGCAUGCUGCCUGUUUCCGGCACUUGCAAAGCCUUUGUGGAGGACAUGAAACGCUAUUCGGAGACCUUCUUUGAGCCUUGGUUUAAAAGUCCCCAGAAGGGUACUUUUCAGAUUGUCUAUAAGGCUCGAAACAACAGCCACCUCAGCAGAGUCAAAGUGAUCAAUGAACUAGCAGGAGUGGUGGGCCACCUCAAUCCAGAGAACAAAGUUGACCUGAAUAACCCUGAAUUCACCAUCGUAGUGGAAAUCAUCAAAAAUAUCUGCUGCUUGAGUGUGGUGAAGGACUAUGUUCUUUUCAGGAAGUAUAACCUCCAGGAGGUGGUGAAGAGCAGCAAAGUGGAUUGUCAGGGGGAUGCUCCCAAAGCAUCUCCAGAAGGCAACUUGGAAGAAGCCAAGCCAGCUGUGGAGGAUGUGGAAAGCAAAGAUAAGCCUGAAGACGAGGCAAAAGCCAAUGACAAGCAUGAGGAUUAGGACCAUUAAUUGAGUUGCUGAACAGAGACUGUGAAAGGUUAUUCAUUGCUAUCUCAGUGGUUUGGUUUUUGGUUUUUUUAAAGCAUCUUUUGAAACUGUGUUUUGGUUUAGGUGUCAAAACCAGUCUAAGUCCCAGAUGUUGUUGAACGCCUAAAAUAUCAGUCAACAUGGCUAGUAGUAGAUUCAGGAAGUUGUAGUCCAACAACAGCUAGGGACUGACAGGCUGGGAGCCACUGGUCUAAGCCAAACUGGGAUGUUGCUGACAGGACUGUUUCUCAGACACAGUUGCUCCUUCCUCUUAUGGACCUUCUGUUUUGCUUCCUAACCCAAGGGGACUAUGAUUUGGUGUGACAUCCAAAUAAUAUAAAUGGCGGUUCCCACAAAGCACAAUUGGUUUCCAACCAGAACUGAAAGCUAUGGUAUGAAAUGGUGUGCUAUGGGAAGGCAGCUGAGGCUUGUAAAGGUGGCCUUAAAUACACCUCUAGCAUCCACAUCCCUACUUUUUCAUGUCAUCUGAACCCAUCUGUAAAUAAAAUGCAGCAAAAGUUAUCCAAAUAUUGUUCCACUGAAAACAUAGAUACUUGAGCGUGUGGUCAAAACUUCAAUUUGUUUGGUUACAUUGAGACUUAGGUCUACCUUUUUUGCUACCUUCUUUAUAAGUACCUUUUGCUACUGGUGUUAGCAUUAAUAUCCAGGAAAGCCACAUGUCAGCCUUGUUGCCUCACUUGGUAAUAGUUGCUGUUUAACUGUAGAAGGUACAUACAUUUCUUGACUCCAAACUCAAGCCAGUGUGAGUCUUACCAGUUUUGGCCAAUCUUGCAUUGGCAUGGGAACUGAUCUAAGCUCCAAAUGUCUAAGCUGUUGCAAAUUCAGAGACUCAAAACUAGGAUCUGAUGAAACAGAUCCUAAACAAGAAGCAAUUUAAAAUGUGUAUAUGUGGAAGAGGUCUUUUUCUUGGAUUGUUUUUUUAUUUAAAAUUUGCAUAUUAAAAUAUUUGCAUAUUUUAUAUUAAAAGUCCUCUUGAGAA